AUCAAUAAUUAAUAAAAAAUUAAUAUAAGUGCUAUCAGUGAUAAAAUAGAAGAUAGCAUAUAUGUAAAUAACGGUAUCUUUAAUUGAAACUCGCUGCAAAAAUGAGCACUAACUCCGAAUUUGUAUAAUUACCUAAAAUUCUUCAGUAUUUACUAGUUGAAUCGCCUUCUUUUUUACUGUGCAAUAUCUAUACGUAUAUACGAAUCAGGCAAUACAUAUUUAUCUCGGUAUAUUUUUACGCUAACUUGUUACACAUGCCUUAAUCUGGCGACGCCCAAUUUAUCUGCGGCUUUAUCAUUUUAUGCAUUGUAUGCCAAAAUAUUUACUUGGGAGCGCCUAUAAAGAGCACACCAUUAUAAAUUAAGCUGCAGAGUUCGACGACUUUUAAUUUUCGUCAAGAAGCAGAAGCUUCUCAGCGCAUACCGAACUGCAUUUAGCAAUUCGAAAGAUUACAACUGUGUCGACACUCGUCGUGUAUAAACCCAAGUGAAGAUGGAGCGCUGGCUGGGACGUGUAGCUGUGGUGACGGGCGCCAGUUCGGGCAUUGGUGCGGCCUGUGCGACGUACCUCGCCGAUAAUGGUAUGCUGGUGGUGGGAUUAGCGCGACGUAAGGAACGCAUUGAAGCUUUACGCGAAACGCUGAAACCCGAAGCCGGUCAACGGCUACAUGCCAUACAAUGUGAUGUGCGUAAGGAGCAGGAAAUUGUGGAUGCCUUCAAGCGGAUCGAGUCGGAAUUUGGACCGGUGGCGGUGCUGGUGAACAAUGCGGGCAUAAUGCGCGGCAGUGAUUUGGUGAGUGAGGGUAACUCAAGCGAUUUACGUGAUACGAUCGAUACGAAUGUGUUGGCGGUGGCAUAUUGUACACGCGAAGCUUUUCGUGCGAUGCGCGAACAUGGUGGCGAUGGACAUGUUUUCUUGAUUAACAGUAUUGCGGGGCAUAGCUUUUCAAAUGUGCCGGGCUUAUCGUGGAAUCUAUAUCCAUCUUCGAAAUAUGCUGUGACCGCUAUGACGGAGGUUUAUCGACAAGAAUUCUUGAAAUACAACACGAAGGUGAAAGUAACGAGUAUAAGUCCUGGCGGCGUGCUUACAGAGAUUUUGCCAGCACAUCUGCUACCGGAAGACAAAACCGGUUUACCGUUGCUUAAGCCUGAAGAUGUGGCUGAUGCAUUGAUAUAUUGUCUGCAAACACGCCCGCAUGUGCAGAUCCAUGAGCUGACUAUAAAACCUCUGGGCGAGUCAGUAUAAAAAAUGCACUCAAAUAAGCUCUACUAUUUGAAAAAUUGAGUACAUAGUGAUACAAUUAUGUAGUUCAUGUGAGCGUGGCGCUCUAUAAAAAUGAUAACAAUUGUAUAUGCUUGUUUAUAUUAAAAAUAAAAAUCUUUGAGUACAAGUAAAAAUCAAAUAUGAAAGAGAGAAUGAUACAGCAGAAAUUUAUUGUGUUGAUAAAUAUGAAGAGCGUUGAGAGAGCAUAUAUACAUAUACAAGAGGGAGAGAACAAAGGCAGAACAACCGGAAUUAAAACAUAGAGAGAGAAAAGAGAGAAAGAGAGAGCGGACGAUCAAAGUUUUUGGCAAAUGAGUAAUAAUUACAUACUUAAUAUUAAAACCAGAUUGUUUUGGUUAAAUGCGAUAAGAGCUGCCAUUAGAAAAAAUUGUU